AUGGCUCCCUUAAUGAAGAGUGAUGACUCAAAACACCGCCCACCCAACAUGGCAGAGCAGAAGAGGGCCAUGGACUCUGGCUACGCUCCAUCUCAGGCUUCUGGUUGUCCUCCAUCUCUGUCCUCCUGGAGUGUGUUCUCUGGACCAGUGCAGUGUGAUGUCUGCAAUGACCCAGCAGUGAAGCGCUGUCUGACAUGCAUGGCCUCCUACUGUGAGGUCCAUGUGAAGGACCACCACACAUCUCCAGACCUGGACAGCCACGAGCUACAGCAUCUCCAUCAACACAGCCUCUGCCCGCAGCAUUACAAAGAGCUGGAGUUCUACUGCAGAACCGACCAAUCAGCAAUCUGCUCACGCUGCUUCCUUCACAAACACAAUGGGCAUGAUGUCAUCGAACAGACUCCUGAGAAGACACCAUCAGAGAGCUUUAUGAAAAAAGAUAUCCCUCCUCCUGGGCAGAUCAAGUUUGUAUCAGUGCAGUCAGACUCAGUGUCAUUACGCUGGUCACCUCCAGAGGGCGCUCCUGCUCACCGCAGCUUCAAGGUCACCUGGACAGGAGGUCAAAAACAUUGCAACUUUCCAGUAACAGGUGCGAGAUUGGACAUGACAGGGCUGACCCCGGGAGAGAAGUACCACUUCACUGUGGCCACCCUCAGUCAAGAUGGCCGCCAGAGCACACCUGUGCAGGGGGCUGUUUACACAGUGGUUCCCUCUCCAUACAAUCUCAAGGUGGCAGUGAACUUGAAUGCACUCAAAGCCAAAGUGACAUGGACCAAACCAGCUGGAGUGUGCCAAGAGAAUUGCCUGCUGGAGAUCAUCAAUGUUGGAGACCAGGGAGACAUACGCACCGUCCAGAGUAACUCCUGCCAGUACACCCUCACUGGCCUAAAAUUAAAUACACGCUACACCAUCAACAUCACGACUGUGGUGAGCAACGGCCGUCAAAGUCAACAGGUCUCCACAACUUUCAGUACAGAGGUCCCUCCUCCACAGAACAUCUCCAUGUGUUCAGACACAGCCAGGGUGACCUGGACCAAACCAGCCGGGGUGGACCAUGUGACUUACCUGCUGGAGAUCAUCAAAGGCAAGAAAGUCAUACACACCGAACAGACAGACUCCUGCCAUUACUCCGCCACUGGCCUGUGGCCUGCAUCAGAGUACAUUGCCAACGUCACCACUGUACUCAAAGGCUCUCGGAGUAAAACAGCCUCCAACACCUUCAAUACAGGAUUAUCCGGUCACUGGAAACCGUUAUCAUGGGCGCUUCAAUCACUGUUGUCUGCAAUGGCGUCGUGGUCGUUCUGGUUGUGGUGA